AUUCCCUCCCCCGGGCGGCAGCGCGCCCCGGCCGGGCGCCGGCUCAGCCUGGGCCGCAAAACUUUGCUGGCGGCCGCGGCGGGGGUGGUGAUGGUGCUGGUGCUGGUGGUGCUCAUCCCGGUGCUGGUGAGCUCCGCCGGUACCGACGGCCGGUACGAGAUGCUGGGGACCUGCCGUAUGGUCUGCGAGCCCUACGGCCCCGCCGCCGCCCCCCCGCCGCAACCGGCCGGACGCGGCCCCCUCCCGCCGCCCUCCACCCUGGUGCAAGGUCCCCAAGGCAAACCGGGGCGACCGGGGAAACCGGGACCGCCGGGACCGCCGGGAGAACCGGGGCCACCGGGACCGGCGGGGGCACGGGGUGAAGCGGGACGACCGGGACCCCCGGGUUUACCGGGACCGGGGGCUACGGGUGCGGUGAGCGCGGCUACCUAUAGCACGGUGCCGCGCGUCGCCUUCUACGCCGGCCUCAAGAACCCCCACGAGGGCUACGAGGUCCUCAAGUUCGACGACGUGGUCACCAACCUGGGCAACAGCUACGAUGCCGCCUCCGGCAAGUUCACCUGCGCCACCCCCGGCACCUACUUCUUCACCUACCACGUCCUCAUGCGCGGCGGCGACGGCACCAGCAUGUGGGCCGACCUCUGCAAGAAUGGGCAGGUGCGGGCCAGCGCCAUCGCGCAGGACGCCGACCAGAACUAUGACUACGCCAGCAACAGCGUCAUCCUGCACCUGGACGCGGGGGACGAGGUCUUCAUCAAGCUGGACGGGGGCAAAGCCCACGGCGGCAACAACAACAAGUACAGCACCUUCUCCGGCUUCAUCAUCUACUCGGACUAAGCCUGGGCCCACGGCAUCGCCCCAUGGCCCCCCAGCCCCACAGCAUCCCCCAGUGACCGUCCAGCCCCACGGCAUCCCUCUGCCAUGGUCCAGCCCCACAGCAUCCCCCAGUGACCGUCCAGCCCCAUGGUAUCUCCCUCCCCCCCCCCAUCCCCGGUGAUCCAGACCACCUGUGGUGCCCAAAGCCCACCUUUCCCGUUAGCUCACCCCACAGCUGGUAAUUAGGGGCUGGGGGGACGCAGGGGCCGGGGGGCUGGCAGGAGGCUGGAGGCUCCCCCUGUGCUGCCCCACUGCACCCCCAUUCCCUGGCUGUGUACCCUGAUUGGCUCCACGGCGCCCCACUGCCUCCCCACACCUGGGGCGAUGCCAGGGGCUGGGGGGUCCCCGCUGGCAUGUAUAUAUGUACAGGAUGCGCAGAUGUCGGUAUGGGUGCCCCCCCACCCCCGGCUGGCCCUGUGCUGGGGGGCUGCGCAGCUGGGGGGGGAACAGCCCUUGCUGCCCGACCCCGGGGCAACUCCAUGGUAAAACAGAGCUGUGACCUCU